CCAGACUGGCGAUUGACGAUUCUGCGGUCCGCUCUCGUCCAGUAAUCUUCUCCGCUCAGCACGCCCUCUUGCCAAUCCACGAUAUAGUCCGAGACUGAGACCAGCACGAUGCGGCAGUCGUCCUCGAAGACCCGUCUUUCUUCAGGGAGCAACGGAGUCGAUGACACGACGCGAUAGGUGCUGACGAUGACGAGCGCUUCCAGUGAGGUGAAGCAGGACACAAUAUCCGGGAGCAUGCGGAUGACGGUCGUCACGCUGAAGGCGAGAUGCGUGAGGUUGGGCAGGAGCGUUUCACUCUCGACGAGGAGCGGAUGAGAGUCCGAUGUGCCGAAGUUCCGCCCGAUGUUGAACAGUUCAAGGUGGGUGAGCAAGGGGAAGGUGAUUCCUGUUGAUGGUAAUGAAGCCAAACUGGCCGAGAAGAGAUUGAGAUACGUGCCGGUGGAGAAAUCGAAUACCUCGAGACCGCAGUGCAACCGCCGCAGGGAGGGCGAGAGGUCGAACACCUCUGGCUUCGAUCCAGAGAAAAAGAGGUUCUUCACUCCAGCGCACGUCCGCAUCACAAGCUCGACCGUAUCUUGUCUCUCCCCGAUGAGCAGCACGUUCGUCACGACUAUCUCCAGAGCGCCGGGAUAGGCCUCGGAUGCGCGUUGGAUCGUGUCGAGCUCGCACGAGGGAAGUUUGUUGUCGAAUCCAUCGUUGAAUAUGAUCGUGCGAAAGAGGCAGGGUUCCAACCUUGUCACUUGAAGAUGAAUGAUCGACCACAUCGAGGGGGAAAGGGACCGACCAGGUCCUCACACGACGACAGACCGGGAGCACGUGGAGAAUUCGUUCCGGACUUGCGGAUUCGAGGGCGUAAAGCUCAAAUAUAUAUCGUUCCAACUCGGGUGGGAGUAUGGGAGUGAGAUCGCUGGCGGGCUUGAUAUUCUGGCUGAAGGGCCACUUCAUUUCUUGGGAUUCGGGAUGCGAAAGUUGUGGGGUAACGACCGGUCUGCCUGUGAUCCGAUCGGGGGAUCUUGAGCAAUUGGAUCAGGUCGGUCCGGAGAAUCCGAAUAGGCUGCCACGAUCCUCUCUCGUCAUCAGUUCUCUCACUGUCACCACUUCCUCAUUCUCCAAGAAAUUUCCCUUAUCGUGCAAUAUGUCGGCAAGAAAAUCUUUCUUCCCUCAGAACUCUGCCUCGUCUUCUGUCCCACCACCUGCGCUUUUCGUUCCUGAUCAGUCAAACCCACUACACAGCUCUAGCAACGGCUCUUUCACCGCCCCUUUUGACAUCCCCAAUCUUCUCAAGCCUCAACGAUCUCAACAACAUGCCUCACAGGGACAGCCGCCGUCUCGACGCCAAUCCAUGAAUGCUUCCAUCCGGCCAUCGACCGGCACUCCUCAUGCUCAAGGUCCCACCCACUCUCGUGUCCUCGACGCCCUCAACGCUGCGGGUCUCAUCACGCGGCCCGGAACUUCUGACCCGCAUAAACGGUCGAAAAACUUCGCGACCCACCGUCUUCAAUCUCACGGGCCCUCUGGCGCGACAGGUGGUACUCCCAAUGUGAUCGCCGCCCCAUCGCCGCGCAUGCCAGCGUCAGCUCUCUUUCGCGAACCGACGGCUUCUCCUGCUGGUGCCUUCAAGCCUUCUGCCCCCAUACCUGUGUCUCAAGCCGUGUCAAUGACGCCGACAGGCGAGCAGCCCCAAGACGAGGCGCAUAUAUUCGGCUUCAAUGCUGCGCAAGAGCACCCUGAUGCUUCGAACAAUCGUCCCCUCUCUCGCUCUCUGCACUCUGCUCACGUUCACCCCCAUCUUGAAGAGGAUAGUGACGAGCCGCCGAUGCUGCAGUCUCGAUCUCCCUUCCUGCACCAAGACCGUGUCAAUACCGGUGUCCGCGGGACAGGCCAGCAAGAUGACGACGUUUAUGAGAUUCCCGAAGCCGAGGUGCGCGCUCGGGGAUCUAACUUGAAACGCGGACGAUCCGAGGUCGAGGACGGCGAGGGAGAUGAUCACGGGAUGGGCUAUGGAGCUGGGCAAGCGAAGCGGUUCAAGGCCCAGGAGCAGCUGGAGGAUUCGGGGUACGAACGGAUGGCAUUGCCCGACCCCACUCAUCCACGACAAGAUGUCGAGCACCACCAUCAGCUUCAGCAUCACCACGAUGGCCGUCCGCAGCGUGUUCCCCCGUCGACUUAUGUUAGCUACUCCGGUCGUCCUUAUGACUCUAUCCAGCCCAUCUCGCCUUCUCACCAAGAACAGGCUUGCGGUUCAGACCCCGACUCUCAUGCGGAACGCGAGCGACCCGAAGCGUCGCCUCUGCUCAAGCUCCUGCGCGUUGAACAAGUUGAUCUCCUCUCCGCUGCUCGAGUGGAUAAGUAUAUCCAGUCGACUGAGAAGUGGAAGAAUUGCACCCGGGAGGAGUGGAUUGCAGGAGCAGAUGAGCUCAUGAGGAUGUACACCAAGAUCUUCGACUUCCUUCCUUUCGACAAUGAGGACCGCGUCCUCACUCGGGCACAGAACCGCGUCUCCAUCGAGCAUACGUUCGGCUGCGUUCGGAAUGCCCGCUUUAUCAUCGACCCCAACCUCGACAUCCCCCGCUCGCUGCGUGUGCCGUUUGGGCCUUCGUAUCGGGCAUACCUCUGGGACGAGCCGGAGCUCGACCCGAACCUCUCUGUGAAUGUCUGGGGCCAGAUAUCCGCGGACAUCGAUGUGCGGCCGCGUCUGCCUCCUCCAGCCGACGAGAUCGCUCUAGGUGGUACGGACGGGGACGGCGCGGGUACGUCCCUCGACGUAGACGCGGACGGCAAACCCCAUAGUCCGUUCAUGGCGCGCGCAGUGGCCCGGGCACGCGAGCGACGGCUUGAGAAGAGGCGCCUCGCGCGACUGGUGCACAUCGAAGCGAAGACGCGCACGGGCGAUAUUGAGCUGCACGUGCAUUCUGGCGCUGGCGGGCCCAUAUCGCUCACUGCAGCGUCCGUCAUGGGGAACAUCCGCAUCUUCCUAUCGCACCCGGUACAGGGCCAGCUCGUCGUCCGGGCGCCCAUCUUGGGCCGCCACCGCGUCACGCUGUCACCCCGCAUACAAGCAACGUGCGGCGCUCCGCUGCACGAGGCUGGGCGCACGACGCACUGGCUUGUUGGGGACACCGCGAGCAGAGUUGUACAGGACGGCGAGGGGGACCGGAUCACCGUGGAGGCUUCCCUGGGCUCGGUCUGGAUCGGGUACGUGGAUGAGACUCCGUCGGCAACGGCGGGGAGUGGAGACGGUUCGCGCACCUCGAGGUCUCAAUGCUUUUGGAUGAAGGCUUGUCUCGUGCUGCUCGCUCUUGCUUGGGUGGCCUGGUGAUUUGCGCUGUUCCAAACAUUGGAGUACUUUCUCUGAUUACUUGGACCCGGGAAUGCAUCCGUCGCAAGUCGGACUGUGCGUCAUAUGUGGCCAGGUCGUACUAAGGCCUUUGGAUCUCUGCUGCCUAGACAAAUACCCCGUAUUUUUCUAUUUGUGAUAAUUUGAAAUCGAUUCACUGCUCUAGUUAUCUAUGGCGAUGAAGAAAACCGGUGCAUGGGCUAGCUCUCUAACUUGGACUCUUCAGUGAUGUUGUAAGUAUACAU